AUGCAACCCUGGUCUCAGAUCCAGUACAAGGGUAAGCUACCCACUUCUGCAGCAGGAGCUUCUUUGUCACGGAGCGGGACACGGCGUGUUGUCCCCAGCCGGGUCUUCCUCUUUGAGCAGAUCGUCAUCUUCAGCGAGCUCCUCCGCAAGGGCUCGUCCACCCCAGGCUACCAGUUUAAGAAGAGCAUCAAGGUGAGCUACUUGGGCUUGGAGGAGCAAGUGGACAACGACCCGUGUAAGUUUGUGCUGUCGUGUCGAGGCUCGGCCGAGCGAUUCACCCUGCAGGCGGCCAACCUGGACAUCAAGCAGGUGUGGGUCCAACAUGUCAGCCAGGUCCUGGAUGCCCAGAGCAACUUCCUGUCUGCCCUGCAGUCUCCCAUUGAGUACCACAAAGAGAAGGGUGGUUCUCAAUCCCUCACCAGAAACCAGUCUGGCAGUCGGCCCCCCAGUUCCAACAGCAGGCCCCUCUCCUCCUCCUCUGUGGGGGCAGAGAAGCCCCCCACUGGCAACCGGAACUUCUUCUAUCUCUCCGCAGCUCCUGCUAUAUCACUGGGUGGUCCUUCCUCCAGUCUGUUCCCCUGUCAAUCCCCCUGCACCUCUGCCAUCAGUGUGUGUAAGCCUGGAUUUGACUGGUAUAUUUCUUGGCACAACAGGAAAUCUCUUUCAUGGAAUACCCUGCGCUCGAGAAAGCGAGCAGAGAAGGAUAUCAGUGGCAAGGGUGAUGCAAAGGUUGAGAAUGGACUCCGUAAGCCCAAGGAGAUUCUCAGCACCAAGGUCACUGUCAAAGAGUCAAACAGCUCAGAGGAGUCAGAUUGCGAUGAUGAACUCCCCAAAACUAGCAUGGAGAUAAUGAAUCCCAAUUUUAUACAAGAAGUGGCUCCAGAGUUCCUGAUCCCACUAGCUGAUGUAACGUGUGCUUUUGGGGAGACGGUGGUCCUAUGCUGCAAAGUGUGUGGACGUCCCAAACCCAACAUCACUCUGAAAGGACCCGAUCAGAACCCGGUUGUCAACAACAGCAGGUUCACUAUAAACAUUAGGGAUACGGGCGACAUUCUGCUGAAGAUCUGUAACCUGAUGCCCCAGGACACUGGCAUCUACACCUGUGUGGCCAUCAAUGACCAUGGCACUGCCUCCUCCUCCGCCUCCAUCAAAGUACAAGGUAUUCCAGCGGCACCUGCGAGGCCGGUGGCCCAGGAGGCCAGUAGCAAUGCAGUGAUUGUCCACUGGCUCCCCCCAGCCAGCUCAGCUAACUGUGCUGUGUCCAGCUACACAGUGGAGUACAGGCAGGAAGACUCCCUGGUGUGGCAGCAGUCGGUGGUCUCCACUGUAGAUGUGUGUGUGAAAAUUGAAGAUCUCAUUCCUGGGGGGCACUACCAGUUCCGGGUCAGUGCCAGUAACCCCUGGGGUAUCAGUCCGCCCAGCGAGCCCUCCAACAUGGUGACCCUGCCCAGCGGGAUUUCCACAUUUGAUGGAACUGGCAUUCAGUGGAAAGACAACUUUGAAUCGACUUUUACAGAAAUUUGUGAGAUCGGACGGGGCCGAUUCUCUGUAGUGAGAAAGUGUCUGAACAAGGCUAGUAAGAAGGAGGUGGCUGUGAAGUAUGUCACUAAGAAGAUGCAGAAGAAGGAGCAGGUGGCCCAUGAGGCGGACAUCUUAUGCCACGUCCAGCAUUCUCAGCUGGUGGCUCUGACUGACACCUAUGAGUCCCCCACCUCCCUUAUGCUGGUCUUCGAGCUGCUGGAGGGCGGGAGGCUGCUGGACUACCUGGUGGCCCAUGAUGAGCUGAUGGAGGAGAAGGUGGCCUUCUUUGUGAAGGACACCUUAGAGGCAUUGCAGCACCUCCACACCUGCAAAGUGGUACAUCUAGACCUAAAGCCUGAGAACCUCCUGGUGGAUCUCCACGUGCCUGUUCCCUGCAUUAAGCUCAUAGACUUUGGCGAUGCGGUCCAGGUGUCUGGCCACCGUUAUGUCCACCUGCUCCUGGGAAACCCAGAGUUUGCUGCUCCGGAGCUGAUCCAGGGCACCCCGGUGUCGCUGAGCACGGACGUGUGGAGCGCCGGCGUCCUGGCCUACGUCAUGCUGAGCGGCGUCUCGCCCUUCCUGGACGAGAGCCUGGAGGAAACGUGCGUCAACAUCUGCAAGCUGGACUUCUGCUUCCCCGAGGACUACUUCCAGGGAGUGAGCCAGGCGGCCCGGGACUUCAUCAACUCUACCCUGCAGCAGGACCCCCGGAAGAGGCCCAGUGCCACCACCUGUCUCCAGCACCCCUGGGUGGGCGCCCACAGUGGAGACUACUCCAAGAACCCACUGGACACUGGUCGCCUGGCCUCCUUCAUCGACAGACGGAGGCAGCUGCAUGACGUGCGCCCCGUCACCAACAUCAAGGGACUGGUGACUAGUAGCAUGGGACACACCCUAUGACUGUAACACACAGGUGGGAUGAAAACCAACUGUUAGCAGUACUACAGGACUCUGCCAUUGAAACAUGGCUCCCCAUGAAAACGUAACUCUGGACAGUGGAUAAUAACUUGUCAACAAACAUGUUAUGUGGAUAGCGUGUCUGUGUUCAAAAUGCCAGUAGACAAGACAUUGGCAUUUGAUUCAUUGAGAUGUUUCAGAGCUGUAGUAUGAAGCACUACUACUCUUGUUGUGUCCAUCUAUUGUAAAUGCCAACAUUUCUAAAUAUCAUCCUUGGAAAUUAUAACUAUCAGAUAAAGAUCUAUGAGAGGUAGUAUAACUGUUGAAUGUAAUUUAUUGUAGAACGGGGUUAACCCUUGAGUAAGUGCUAUUGUAUGUGAAGAAAUAUUCAGCAUUGGUCCCUUAGAGCAGUGGUUCCCAAACUGUGGGGUCGGCAAGGGGGGAUUUCUUUAGGAACUCAGUCCGGCUUUAAACUUACUCUUGAAAGUUGUAAUAGUAGAAUGCACAAGGUGCAAUUUCGAAAUUG